AAUGCCAGACGACGGAAAUGUGGCUCGAGGCCUUUCGCCCACACGCAAACCAGGAGUUAGGGGGGGAUGGCACACAAUAGUUGUGUAGUGUGCUGGAGGAUCUUGCUGACAAGACGCAGAGGCUGUUCUUCCUUCCAAGACUCGUUUCUCAACAAGAGCGUCAUUCCUGGAUGGGUCUGUUCUUGUCUACAGUUGGAAAUGAAGAUUGCACCCUGGCGUACAACAAUAACAACGACGACGACGACAACGACAAUCUGUUGGAACAAUGAAACUGCCAGUGGAACCGAAAAGGGUUUAGACGUCAGUGACUAUUGAUCCGUUUCUAUCCAAUAACACAAAGAGUACCACAACUGAAAUUGCAUGAUACUCUCCAAUCUUAGAAGUGCUGUCAAAGUUAUCUGAGUAACUCAAGAGCCAUAAGAAUAUAAAGGGAAUAUCGUUACUCCGGAAUUCACUUAGAAAUGGUUUUGGCAAAUGCUUCUCUUCAUGGAGGAGGACAACCCGACCUCCCCAUUUACUACAAAGAAAUCCCCGAGAAGCGACGAGUAUCGAGGUUCUGCAUCAAACCCGUGGAAACGUACCAACCACGUGGAGGGGGCACUAAUGGAAAUUCCAGUAAUGGAACAGCCACCGACAAACGCGGAGAGGCCAUUAAUGUCCAAGUGGUGAGGGGGAAGACCAACACGUUCAUUCAUUUGGACGAGGACGAGGCCAAGAAGGUGCGGAAACACGGAGACGAGGUGCUGAAAAAGCUUCAAAAGAUCCACAAGUCCGUGAUCUGGAACUUCCUGAUUGGUCGGUCCUUCGUGGACAAGAUUCAAAAGGGCAAACAAGGAACAGAGGAGAUCAACUUGGAUCAUGACGAGAACUCUGAAUUUGAUGCCUUGAACCCCAAGACGUGGAGUGAAGAUAGUACGGAUUUCUUGGCGAGCCUCCUCAAAGCCUCAGAGUUUCCAUAUGACGGCUAUGUGGUGUUGUUUUGCGUGGCCAAUGAUCUCCGGGAUGGCUCCGUGGACUAUGAUGAAUUGGCUUGGGAGUUGGAGAAGUGUCUGACGUACCAUUACGUUCAAACCAAAGGGCAACUAAUCAUGAAUGAAGAGGCCAUCAUGAGCCGGAAAGGGUUAGACCCAGUCUCUCGGAAGACCAAGACUCCCGGGCGGAAGAAAUCGGGAUAUUGUAUCUUCUUGGCUUAUCAGCUUCUCGAUUCAGUGACCCAAGACCAAAUCGUCGGAGAGGCCAUCAACAAGUACGUAGAUAUUGGUCAGAAAAAGAAGUUGCUCCUCUCAGCCCUGACCGAAGAGAAGCUAUUUCCCCAGAACGAUGAACGGCUCCGAAAGAAUAUCAAGGAGAUGAAGGAAUUCAUGAGCAAGGAACAUUUGGACCUAGUGUACAAGAUAGGAUCCAUUAAGGAUGCAGAAAGCCUGGAAAUGGUUGUGCAGUUCCUUAAUCUAGUAGGAAAGGGGCCCAAAGACCGGAACUCGGGCUUCAUGGGCUUACCCCAAUUCCUGAGCUUCCUCAGCAGCAACAAAGACGACACCAAUGGAAGCAUGCCUGGAAUGGCGCGGUCAAAUAGUCGCAUGUCCAAUCUGGCCAGUCCCAAAGUCCAAACCAGAAGUACACUCCCCAGGCCUUCAUCUAGCCGCCAAAGUGUCCAAGGGUUACCCAGUAGUCGAAAGCCAUCGAUCGCUACUUCCAAUCAAACCUUUUCCAUCUCCUCGAGGUCCACGACUCCAGAGACCCCUCGGAAAUUGUCGGGCGAGUCCCUGGGCCAUUCUCAAAGAAAAGAGUCCAGUCUGCCGUCGAUUCCAUCUUCAGGGUCGGGAUCUUCCACUCCCGAGACUCUGCGACGACAAGAACAUCAAGCCUCCACCAGCAGACACCCUCCAAAGCCAAUGUCAUCCCUUCCCAAACGAAAUGCAGCCAAAACUGCCUCGCCCAGUCCAAUCAAGACAAAUGGUACCCGACCAAGACCAAUUCCCACCACCAGGAAUGUGGCCCAUGGUCGCAAAACCGCCUCGGAAUCACCUCGUGGCACUCCGCCCAAAGUUGGAUCAGCUCGAAGUAGUGUGAAUGGUGACAAUUCAAAUCGGAACAGUCCCAGCUCAUCCCUGACCAAUUCCCCAAGGAUGUCGAAGUCCGUUGGACCUCGAAGGGGAAGUCGACAAACGCCUCCCCCAGGAAAAAUCAUUACCCGAGACGACUUGAGACGUAUGAACCGCUCAUAUCCAUCUUCCAAAUCGAAGCCCAGUGGGUCAUUCUCUCGAACCUCUAUUCCCAUGUCGUGAACAAGGGCUUUUCCAAUCAUUCGCAAUUAAUAAAAGUGCUCACUUUCUACAUUA